AUGCGCCAAGAGAAGCAGAGCCGCGAGUGCGCGUGCGCGUGCCGAAGUGAACAGCCGAGCUUUGGCAGCCCGAGAGAGCAGCUGCGCCGCCGCGGCCAGUGCGGGGAGCGUCGCGCGCAUGCGCGUUGGGCGGGCUGGCGGCGGAGGGGAAUUACAAUGGAAGAUGAGGAGGUCGCCGAGAGCUGGGAGGAAGCGGCCGACAGCGGGGUGAGCCCGAGCCCGGACCGGGGGCGGCGGGGGAGGCCGCCAACAGCAGGGGGGGCCGCGGGAAGAGCGACUGGGCUCGGCCUCUCAGGGCUGGCGGUGAGGCGCCUUGGGCUCCGCGGCGCCUGCUAGGCCUCUUAAAGGGGCCGCGCCCCAUUUCCCCCGGACCACGUGCUCCCUGCGCGGACCCCCACCGCACCCCCCCUCAAGCUCUCCGAAGGGGCGGUCUAAGGGAGCUGCCGAGGAGGUGUCCCGGGGCUCCGAUCUCCGCGUGUGGGGGGGGGCCUUCCCCCUCCCGUUCCUCUUUUGCAAGGAGGGGCGCGAUUUGGGGCUGGGACGCCUCUCCCUCCCCUGCGUGGCCCACCCGAAAGAGGGGUGGUUGGCACUUCAGGGUGAAAAGGCUCAGCUGCAUCUCCCCGCAUUCGCCCUGCUCGUUGGGGCCGGGGGAAGAGGGAACCCCGGCCUCGGAGGGGCUGCAGGUGGCCCCGCGUCGCCCCUCGAACAACAGAGGGAGACGCCUUGGGCCGGACCAGGCUCUUUCGCUUGCUGGCCCAGCUGAGACUCCUCUCCUGGGGCUGCAAGGGGCAGCUCCACGUCUCUGGGGAUCUUCUACAUGCAAAGCGGGGGCUCCACCGUGGAGUCAAGGCCCAGCCCCUGGUGAGUGCUCUGCUUCCUUGCAGCCAGGUUUGUGGAGGAGAAGGUUGCCAGUGCUUGGCCUCCAGAGCCUGGGAGCGAGCCUUGCUGAGCACCGUGGGCUUAUCUCCGAGUAAACAAUGUGUAGUAGGAUUGUGCUGCUAGUGAUGGUUGCAUGAUGCCUCAUUUGGAGGCAAGUGAAGGCUUAGGACUAGUAAGUGACUUUGAGAAUAUUUCCAGGAAGCUCUGUCCUCAGACACCACCAAGGCAGGGAUCUCAAUACAGUGGUACCUCGGGUUACAGACGCUUCAGGUUACAGAUUCCGCUUACCCAGAAAUAGUACCUCGGGUUAAGAACUUUGCUUCAGGAUGAGAACAGAAAUUGUGCUCGGGCAGCAGCAGCAGGCCCCAGGUUACCUCAGGUUAAGAACAGUUUCAGGUUAAGAACGGACCUCCAGAACGAAUUAAGUUCUUAACCCAAGGUACCACUGUAAUAGGGACAAGGAGUGUAGAGAGGGAGGGUGGUUGUAUGGCCUGGAUUUGAGAGGCUGUCUGCGUUGCAUGUGUUGAAAUGGACACAGCAGGAGCUUGUAGGCUCCAGAUCCCUUAACCACAGAGCAGCCUGGAGUCGGUCAACUUGCUUCCUAUCAGCAGACUCUGAGCAGGCCCCUCUUCCCUGGAAGAGCUUUUCCUGGAAGAAUCCCAGGAAAUUCUUAAGUGUCCAACGAGUAGACAGCAGGUCUGCUCACCCAGGUUCUAGCCAUUGGUCAGCAAUGUAGACCCCGGUUAAACACAGUUGUCACUCUUUUCUUGGUUCCCACUGGUGCUGCAUGCAGUGCCUUUGGACCAUUCAUUUGCCCAAGAGGUACAGUGGUACCUCGCAAGAUGAAUGCCUCGCAAGACGAAAGAGUUUUCCGUUUUUUGAGUCGUUCCACAAGACGAAUUUCCCUAUGGGCUUGCUUCGCAAGACGUUUCGUCUUGCGAGUUUGUUUCCUUUUUCUUAAAGCCGCUAAGCCGUUAAUAGCCGCUAAGCCGCUAAUAGCCGUGCUUCGCAAGACGAAAAAACCGCAAGACGAAGAGACUUGCGGAACGGAUUAAUUUCGUCUUGCGAGGCACCACUGUAGUGACAACUGAGAUCUGUUUUGGUUUUGCCUCUGGCAGCCCCGAGUACCUUGUCAGAGGCUACAGCAAAGGUCUAUCACAGUUUUGCCCUUCGCCUUCCAGGCAGAGAGUUUUAGAAUAAUAAUAAUAAUAAUAAUAGCAAUGUUAUUAUUUAUAUGCUGCCUAUUGGACUGGGUUGCCCCAGCCACUCUGGUCGGUUUCCAGCAAAAUACAAAAACACAAGAAAACAUCAAACAUUAAGAACUUCCCUUCAGAUGUCUGCUAAAAGUCAUAUACCGGUAGUUGUUUAUAUGUUUGACAUCAGGUGGGGAGGGCAUUCCAUAGGCGGUUGCCACUACCAAGAAGGCCACUUCACUUCUCGCAGUGAGGGAACUGCCAGAAGAGCCUCAGAGCUGGAUCUCAAUAGGCAGGCUGAAUGUUGGGGGUGGAUAAAGGGCUAAGGCCAUUUAGGGCUGUAAAGAUCAGCACCAACAGUUUGAAUUGUGCUUGGAAACAUGCUGGGAGCCAAUGUAGAUCCUCUAGGACUGGUGUUAUAUAAUCCCGGCUGCUGCUACUGGUCACUAGUGUAGAUGCCGCAUUCUGGAUUAGUUGUAGUUUUUGAGUCAUCUUCAAAGGUAGUGCACUGCACUGAUCCAAGCAGAAGAUAAUCAGAGCAUGAACUCUGACAAGAUAGCGGGCAGGCAGGUAGUCUCAGCUAGCAUACCAGAUGGAACUUGUAGCCAUCCUGGACACAGAAUUAACUUUCACCUGGUCCUUUAAGGGCACAGUUAGCCCAUCAGGGAGCCCCCACACCUGCCUGCCUCCUGUCCCCUAGAAACAGUACUUCUGACUUGUCAGGAUUCAACCUCAAUCCGUUAACUGCCUUGAGAUGCUCACGCAGGACAUUCAUCACCUUCACUGGUUCCGAUUUAAAUGAGAGGUGAAGCUGAGUAUCAUCCACAUACUGGUGAACACCCUGCCCAAACCAUAUAGAUGUCCCAGCAGCUUCAUAUAGAUGCUAAAAAGCAUGGGGGAGAGGAUGGAGCCCUGAGACACCCUACAAGUGAGUGCCCAAGGGUCCAAACACUCAUCCCCACACCACUGGAGCUGUUCUGUGACUACCCAGGAAUGGAAAAUUUGGAAUGGGGUGAUAGUUGGCCAUAAUGGCCGAGUCCAAAGAUGGUUUUUUAAGAAGUGGUUUAAUAACCACUAAGGGGGUCCAGGAAGACUCCUUCACAGAGGGAAGCAUUCACCACUCCAUGGAGCUCAUUGCCCAGCCCAGCCUGGCUUGCUUUCAUGAGCUAAGAUGGGCAAGAGUCAAGGAGACGAGUGGUUGACUUCACUCAUCCAAGCAGCCUGCCCACAUCCUCCAAUUGACCUCCAGAUUUGAGUGUGGCCUUGGUGGCUGGCCAUAUGUGUGUGUGAGGGUGCCAGGGCAUAUCAUUGUUCAGCCUUGCACCCUGCGUUCUGGGUGGCAGAGACCUGAAGGCCUGCGUGCUGCCCUUUGUCUUGGGGUGCUGCCUGGUCUCCCUCUGGAGCCGAUUUCCUCCAUCUCUGCCUUUCCAACCUCCAGGCAUUUCCCUUGUUUUUAUAGUAUCCAGCACCUUGCAGCAGCUGAUGGGGCUGUGGACCAGGCUUGCUGAGAGAUGGCACUGUGCUGUUUUGCAUAUUUAAAUUGCGGGCGGGAAGCCAUUGAGGAAACGCAGGCGGUUUCUGUCUGUCGAAUUUGGCGAGAAGGGGUGAAGCCUUCACUACAGUUUUCAGGGCGGUAGAUUUGGAGAGCUCCCACAGAAUGCACCCCUUGCUCUGCCAUCUGGCUAGCAUCCUGGCAACCCCCCUUGGCUCAGAAGGAAGAACUGUUGCUAUGUGCGGUUCAGCUCCUGCGGGCCAGACAAGCAGCCAUUUCUUCCAGGGCCCCCCAGAGCUGGCCCUGCAGUACCCACACUUCCUCAGCCUUUCUGAAGAGGUGGAGGGAAGAGAAGAGCUUUUGGAGGGAAGAGAAGAGUGAGGAACUGAGGAGUGGGAGUUGUGGGUUAUCCCCCACCCACCCACAUACUGCCUGGUAGUUGUUUGGAAGAGGUUUAAAAGCAGGCUUGUGAGAAGCUUCUGAGAAAGCCAGGACUGAUAGGGGCCUUUUUUACUCCUCGAUUAAUGACAGCCCCUGAAUCGGGGGGCUGUUCUGGGCAGUGGGUUGAUAGUUUUGUUCUCCUUUUUUUGGGCUGCCCAGAGGCACUUGUUUGGCCAGCUGGGGUGGGAUGGCUGGACCAGGAAGUUAUCCCCCCAUCGCUCCCGUGUUCUGACUGAGCAGCGCUGUUGUUCAAAUGUGGGCUUUGUGGCUUCCUUUUGGGGAGAGAGGCCAGGGGCCAUCUGCACCCGUGCCUCAGUGUCUGUUCACACUCUGGCUGUCUCUUUCGCAAUGGAGAGGCUCUAAUUUAAUAGCUCUGUUUAACAGAACUUGUCUCCUAGUCCAAAGUCUGGUGGAUGAGUUAAUUUUUGAACCAUAAAGAGUUAGCACAUGGCACGGUGAGGGGUUUCCCCUCCUCCAAGCAAUCCAGGACAGGUGUUCUGAUCCUUGUAGGAGGAGGUGGGUAUCUUUUUAAGGGGUACCCCCUACAGUUGGGUCGUUGCAAGGGGCCUUGUGGGUCUCCUCUUUUGCUUGGGGGAGUCUCCCCUCCCCCUGAUAAUUUUUUUAGCUGGAGGUGCUCACUCUCUGCUUUGGUCCCAAGACAGCUAGCACCCACCCCACCCACCGGUUUCCUUGUGGGUCUGCCUGGGAGGGACAGGCACCCAGGUGAUGCAUUUGCCGUGUGCCACACUUGCACCCCGGGGUGUUUGCUGCACCCAUAAAAAUAGACUUAUCUGUCAGCUGCUUCAUUUGGCCAGGCUGAAAGUCGGACACUAAUUUUAACCCACUUUCUGCACAGCUCGGUGGCCAAGCACCCGCCAAGAGCGGUUGGCAGGAAUAGUUACAGGCAGAUCUGAUGUCAGGACAGAGCCUGGCAAAGGGGAGGCUCUGCCCUUCCUCCACAAUCCUCAUGUACCUUUUUUCAUCCCGUCCCGUCCCCCCCCCCCGAUAGGGAACAUCUGUGGCCCUCCAGAUAAUCAUCGGAUGCCUACUCCUAUCCUCCUCCCUGACAUAAGAGCAUAAGAAGAGCACUGUAGGUGGAUCAGACCAAUUGCCCAUUUAGUCCAGCAUCUUGUUUUUACAUUGGCGAAGCAGGUGCCCAUUAGGAAAAUCCCUCAACCAGGAUUCGAGCGCUAGAGCAUUCUCUUCUCCAUGAAUUUGCCUGAUCCUCUUCCAAACCCAUCCAAGUUAGUGACUAUCUUUCCCUCUUGUGGAAGUGACUGCCAGACUUUAAUUAUGCAAAGAGGCUGGGCCCAGUUGAUCUUUGCGAUGCCACAGGAGCAUCUUCAAGUUCCCCUGGGAGCAGCAGGGCAGCCACAGAGGGUUCACCCUGGCUCGGGGAGGCCAAUGGGGACCCCCCUUCACUUGUGACUCUGAAAUGUACUACGUGAGAUUUGAACCCUGCCCUGUUUUGUUGCCUUGCAGGAAAUAGACAGGCGGCUAGAAAAAAAGCUGAAGAUCACCCAGAAGGAAAGGUGAGGACGCUUCAUCCUCUGGGCUUGGCUAUUGCUGGGACCUUGUGGGGGUCAGUGGAGAGAUGGGGUUGUGUUUCACUUCCUUCAAAAGGAGGGUUGUCUAAGGAAUAAGAGCUGCCCAAAGCAUCUGCUUGCAGGUCGGUAGUGCCUUCAGUUUCCGCUGAUUCCGGAGAGGCCACUUCUGGCCGCUAGGUGGCUUUGGAGGGAGGGAAAGUGCUGAGUGUGUGAAUGCUGUGAAUGCUGAACAGGGAAAGCAUAGAAUCAUUGGGUUGGAAGGCACCACAGAGGUUAUCUAGUCCAACCCCCUGCAAUGCAGGAACCCACAUUUGGCCCAUUGUGGGGCUCGAGCCCACAACACUGAGACGAAGAGCCUCAUGCUCUACUGAGUGAGCUCUCCCAGAUGAGUGCUGCUUGGUUCUGCUCUCCCAGCCAGUCUCACUUGGGCUCUGCUGAUCCAGCUGCCAGGAGAUGAGGGCUGGAGUCCAGGGCUGCUGCCUAAGCUCCUUGACUGUUUCUUGCAGGAGUGUUGGUGUUUGCGGGAAGGGGAGUUGAACCUUCUGCAGUGGGAGUGGUAGAGGAACACAGAGCGGGGAGGCCUGGUGGCUUUUAUUGCAUGGUGACGGUUCCUUGACUAUAAACAUCAUCUGAGGUGUGUUUUCUGUAACUUGUGCUUUGCACGUGUCUGUUUUCGGCCAGGUGAGGGUUCUCAGCCCCUCUGCAAAGAGCGGGACCCCUUAUUUCCCCCUCCGCUCUCUCCCUCUCAACAGCAGGAAAUCCAAGUCCCCGCCUAAAGUGCCCAUUGUGAUCCAGGACGACAGCCUUCCCUCGGGGCCGCCUCCGCAGAUCCGGAUCUUAAAGAGGCCUACAAGCAACGGGGUGCUCAGCAACCCCAACUCUGCCAGCCGGCCAGCCCUCCCGGUGAAGACGUUGGCACAGAGGGAGGCCGAAUACGCCGAAGCCCGGAAGCGGAUCCUGGGCAGCGCCAGCCCAGAGGAGGAGCAGGACAAGCCCAUCCUCGACAGGUGCAGGGCUGCAGCAGCAACGGCGGGGCCCUGAUCUCCUACCGCAAGAGGCCCAGACAAGCUGGAGUUCCCCCUCUGGGGCAAGGCCCCGGUGGGACUGGGGCUCAGGAGGAGGUGGGGGCACAUUGGCUGCCCCCUUUUUUGGCCUUGAGCUGAGCUCUUCGGCCCCAGCAAGCAGGCAUGUGUCAUGUGCUAGCCAGGAAUGGGGACCCACCAGGGGCUCAGCUGUUGUCCUGUUCCAGCUGCUUGUGUUGUGAGAGAGAAAUAAGCUCUUGGGGUGCCCCCUCUGCCUCCCCCCAAGUGCAGCAGGCAGUGGUGGAGGAAGGGGGUGCGCCCCACACCAGGUGUCAUCACUGACUGAGAGGGUGGCAAAAUGAGUUUUCUUUAAAAAGGGGGUGUUCACGAAACUUUAGGAGUGACGUGGUGGCUUAGGUUCCGUGCGGCCUGAAAUGUCAGUGUGGGACUUGCGUCUGCCUACUGCCUCUCCCUCAGGUGCUCUGCAGCUGAGGGGGAAGCGGUGGAGAGGCUCGCCCUCCCCCCAGCUGCAGGACACGCCCCCACACCAGGCACCCGAGCGGCUAGCAGCAGGCUUAGUUUGACAGUCCCAAGCCAGCCCUACUGGGGACAGAUGAGGAGCAUAGAUUGCGCCUGCUCUCCUUUCUAGCCAGAAGGUGGGAGGUUGCGUCCCCUGAACCCAACCCCCUCAGAAAGGGAACUGUCCUGAGCCCGUGGCCCCCCCAGGGGAAUCGCCUGUUUCAUGUUGCCUGCAGACCCCUUGCUUGGCCAUGCUGUGAGUCUCUGGAGCGCUGCGCCGCGUUGCCGUCCUCUUAAGGCUGCCUCCCUGCUCUUUCUCUUGACAGGCCCACAAGAAUCUCCCAGCCGGAGGAGGCCCGGCAGCCCAGCAAUGUGAUCCGGCAGCCACUGGGCCCCGACGGCUCGCAGGGCUUCAAGCAGCGCAGAUAG